CGCGCUUUGACGUCAUCACGUUCAGGAAGAGAAGUGAACACGUGGGUCUGGUUUCUUCGUUUUACUAGAGAGUGAAAAUCGUUUUGGGGUCUAAUAUCGGUUAAUCGGCAGAAUCAUGGCAGUCCGCGCAUCCUUUGAAAAGAACAAUGAAAUCGGAUGUUUUGCUAAACUCACAAACACAUACUGCUUGGUUGCUAUUGGCGGCUCUGAAAACUUCUACAGUGUCUUUGAAGGCGAGUUAUCAGAAACAAUCCCUGUAGUUCAUGCGUCUAUAGCAGGAUGUCGUAUUAUCGGCAGAAUGUGUGUAGGAAAUCGUCAUGGUCUUUUGGUGCCCAACAACACAACAGAUCAGGAAUUACAGCACAUUCGAAACAGCUUGCCAGAUACACUCCGGAUUCAAAGGGUAGAAGAGCGGCUCUCCGCGCUGGGGAACGUCAUCGCUUGCAACGACUAUGUUGCUCUGGUUCAUCCUGAUCUAGAUAGAGAAACGGAAGAAAUUUUGGCCGACACUUUAAAAGUGGAAGUUUUCCGUCAGACGAUUGCAGAGCAGGUUCUUGUUGGAAGUUACUGCACCUUUAGUAACCAGGGAGGACUCGUCCACCCUAAAACCUCCAUAGAAGAUCAAGAUGAACUUUCUUCUCUCCUGCAAGUGCCUCUAGUGGCCGGAACGGUGAAUCGCGGCAGCGAGGUGAUCGCUGGUGGUAUGGUGGUGAAUGACUGGUGUGCGUUCUGCGGAUUGGACACCACGAGCACUGAGCUGUCUGUCAUCGAAAGCGUUUUUAGACUGAGUGAGACACAGCCCAGCGCCAUAGCAACUACUAUGAGAGAUUCACUUAUUGACAGUCUCACAUAAAUCACAUGGUUUGGGAUAUUUGCUGGAGGAUGUCUGCAGAAGACCUGUACAUCAAUGUCAGGUGGUUUAAAGGCUGAAUAUAUCUUCUUUGAGGAAGAAUCGCACUCUUCAUACCAUGAUAAAUGUUGUCAUUGUAAUAUUCAUGUUUAAAAGGGUUGUCACACUGUUUUGUAAAACGCUAAGACAAAACCCUGUGUGUAUCACAUGUCCCUUAAAGGGAUAGUUCACAAAAAAAAAAAUCUGUUAUUAUUUACUCACCCAGUGAGUUCUGCUGAACACAAAUGAAUAUAUUUGGAAGAAUGUUAGUAACCAAACAUCUCAUCCCCCAUUGACUCCCAUAAGUAUGUAUCUUCCCCACUGUGGCAGUAAAUGAGGGGUUGAGAUCUGUUUGGUUAAUGACAUUCUUCUGAAAAUAUAUUCCUUUGUGGUUAGCAGAACAAAUACAUUUAAAAAGGUUUUGAACAACCUGAUGGUGAGUAAAUGACAGAAUUUUCAUUUUUGGGUGAAUUAUCCCCUUGUUAAGUGUUAAUAAAGAUUAUUUUUAAGUUUCCAUAGUGAUGUGCACCAUCAAUAAAGCUGUGCAUGUUCAAUACCGUGAAGGCCGUGUUAAUAAUACAAAUUAUUCUCAUGAAUUGUUAUGACUGUAUGUUUUGAAUAUCAAUAAAAAAGCUUUUGACAACAUAA